AUGCCAUCCACGAGAAAAAUUGGGAGAGCCAUUCCUCCAUACCUUGACAGCAACACAACGAUUCACUUGACAGCAACGGUUAGGAAUCAUCCGGGCCCUUCCCUGAUUUCGGCACUCGACCUGGCCCAGAAGCAGCUCAGAAAGAGGUCACUCGACGAUCUGCAAGACCUGUGUCCAAAAUAA